AUGAAUAAGCGUGUUGUUAGCGAACCACCCCCGGCUCUUCCUCCUAAACUUUACAAGAUUCGACGUAGUGAACUGCAAAAUAACAAUGCACAUCUAUCCUCAAAGAACAUCCAAAAUGGUCAUCAGAAUUCGCUUGACGUCUACGGACCUCAAAGGAAAGCCGGCACGUUAUUAAAUAUCGCUUUUUUCUUAUUUUUCUAUUUUUCUUUUAAACAGAGGGAUGAGCUUGUAUUGAUAUUGCUCCACCUUAAUCACGAAAAGGCCAACCUUCUGCGUUGGAAGGAAUAUUUCAAUGAACAGAUUACGAAAUUGGCCCCCGCGGCAGAGACGGAUCCGAAAGCGGGCGAAGAGGUUGAUAGUCUCUGCUUGGCGUUGAAGGAUGUUGAAUCGCAGUUGGCGGCUUGCCUGCCUAUCACAACCUUUCUCAGCAAAAAACUUCGUAUGAACGAUGUCUGCGCCGGUGACAACAGUUUGUCAGGCUCCCCAGCAUAUGAGAGGGCAAGUUUGCAAUAUGGACCAAACGUGUCACUCACUCGCCAGAAGAGCAUCAACUUUCUUCGACGCGAGGAGGAGCGAGAGGUGGCGCGUGCCUUGAAGGCGAAACUGAGUCGAAAUUCCACGGCGCUCGCUGAGACCUACGGUGUGGUCACCGCCUCUCGCAUGCUCGAGCAUCGCAAACGCCAACCCUCUGUGGAAUCACCUCGUGUCAUCAAACUUCAGGACUACCCCGAGGAGCCCGCUUUCAGGGAGAGGCGACUCCAACUGGAAUCCGAGUUGAAAAAACUGGAUGAAUUGUGGAAGGAGGCGUGUGAAUACUCUCCAGUUAUGUCGACACCGAUUUCGAAAACAGUAAGUUCCAGCUGCCGUCGCCAGAAGUCCUCAGUUUUAAGGCGCUUGGAAAGUCGAAAGCUGGAUUCCUCUGAGGUGACUCGUCCACUAUCCGCUUGCGAUGUGACCAAUUUGGCCUACGUUCCACGUCGAAGUACGCGUCGUCUCUAUCGCUCUGACCUCUCCUCCUCUUUCUCUGCCGAUCUGGAACGCAGGCCAGCGCGAAGUCAAUCGCAAAGUUCUUUGUGUCGCAAUCCCAAGGCUGUUGAAAGUCCUCGUCAUCUCCGGGCAGUCAAUCGGUCUGUUUCAUCAGCCUCAAUCGGUCGCCUUUCGGAAAAGCAGAAGCAACGCCAUUCGUCAGAAAAUUCGAGAAUCUACACAGCUCCCAAACCCAAAAAUCAAGCUGCCUCUGGCAUCUCCUCAUUCCUCAUGGAACCUACUCAGGCUGUUCAGUCUCGAUGGAAGGUUUCCACUGACGAAGAAGACGGUUCUUCAUCAAAUUCCGUCUUCUCCUCACACCCACCUCCUCCACUUCCUCUACCCCCAAUGCCUGAGCGACGAAAGAGUUCCUCUCUACUUAAAUCUCCUCCUCAGCUGAAUCGAUGGCGUAGCUUCGGUUUUGAAAAUCGGAGAGUAUUUAAACGACAACUCAUUCAGAAGUCGAUCCAACUAUUCUCUGCUUUCUACACUGUUUCAAUUCUUGUGAAACUGCUUGAUGAAGGUGUAGUGAUUAGUCCUGGUAACUCUACUAGGUUUGCCAAGCCAUCCGCCAUCCUAAUUAUUUAUCUUCUACAAUUCCAGGACAAUCUGAUGCAAGUAGACCCCCAACUGAGGCCUAGAAUUGGUGGCAGCAACUGCUCGGAAGGAAAUAGAAACUUUCGUCAUCAAACUAAAAGUCGCACAAGCGGUAAAAUGACUCCUAACUUUGCUAUGUCAAAUCAUUGCUUUAUCCUCCAAUCAGAUCAUUGUUUUAAAGUAGACUCUAGCCAACCAACUCUUCUCGAGGGGACAGACGAUGUAUUUCCCGUUCCAAGCGAAGACUUCUACGAAAAAGAGCCAUUUGUGGAAUCUCCAUAUCUCACUCCUCGAGACUUGCAUUCAUCUUCAACCGGUGCAAACGGGCAGACUCUUGAGGAGCAGCCACUUAGUGCGAGUUUUUUAACGACGGCUGUUGAAUACAUUCCAAGCGAAGCCAAUUACGACACAACUGAAGGCAACUCUGUUACCACCUGGACAUAUCCUCCCGAUCUGACUAAAGAGCCGGCGAAUAAGAGGGCCCUUGCCCUCCCCAAACCUAAUAAAAACGAGAAGAAGCCCCUAACCCUUCCGAUCUCAAUGUUCAGUGCUUUUCGUAUUCCAGAGAAGUCGUUUGGACUGCAUCAUACCCAAUCGGCUAUCUAG